AAAUGGAGAAAGAGGAAAGGAUAUCUCCGCCUGUCUCGUCUCUCAAGGAGGAACCGACGAGACCUGACUCUGAGAUCUCCUUUCUCUCUCUGUCUCUGUCUCUCUCUCUCUCGUCCUCACUCAGAUCCCCAAUGGGAGAAGAUGACAGAGAAGACAAGAUGAGAGCUUGAGACACAAAACACCCGCACACAUUCACGUUCUCUGCAGCAAGAAGAAAAUCGCAGAACAUGGGAAUGGCUCGUUCUCUAGUUGGCCGCACUCUCGCGGUGGCGCUCCCGCUCCUCUUCCUUCUCUCCAUCACCGCCUUAUCUUCCGCCACACCACCACCCUCUCGCGCCCGAAAGCUCGGGUUUUUCUACACCCGCACCAGAGGACGAUGCACUCCUCAGUACUGGAGCAGUGGGCGAGAGAAGUGGCCGAGGAUGGUGCCGAGGAAAUCGACGGUGUCGAGGGCGUUCGGGUCGAGGGCGAUCGCGGAGCGUUACGGCGGCGAUCUGACGGUGUGGGAAUCGACGGCCGGGGUGGUCGUCGGCGGGGGUGACGCGUACGGCAGGCUGGUGAAGCAGGCGAGCGCGGCCCUUCUCAACUCGUACGCCAGGAAAGGUUUCACCUACUCGGCUUGGGAAGUCAAGACUCUGCUCAUCCAGGCCUUGGCCUCGCCGCGAGCCGCCGCCGAUCAGGCCGGCCAGUUCGCCGUCGCCAAUGAAGCUUGUAAUUAACAAAUCCUUUCUCUUUUUUCUUUUUCUCUCUAUAGAGAUUUGAUUAACCGUAGCCGUAGGUACAGAAAUUAUUUGCCAAAUCAGCAUGUGAAAGUGACAUUAUCGUUCUUCA